AUGUACCUCCAAGGAGAGUGUAGAUAUCUACGCUCAGAUGUUUCCGAUGGAGCAAUCCUUUCGGCGCGUGAACAACCCAAACAAAGAACAAAUCCUUUCGAAGACGCCGAAGCAGAACGCAAUGAAAGGUUGACCUCCCACAAAGGCACGAUAGCUAUCCGUUCAGUUCAUCAAUCUACGACAUGCUUAUGUUCGUUUGGUGAAGAUGUCAGUCUUGAUGAAAACGAUACUGGCAAUUUUGAAUACUUCGAGGGGUGUAGUCAAAUGUAUUCGCAUGGGAUUAUCCACGGGUCGGGUUCAAAUGAUUCUACGACUGCUAUGCCUUAUGGAUCUUCAAGAGAUAAUUCUAUCACAAGUCUUAGUGACAGUCAUCAUAUAGCUGAUGAAGGGCAAGAUGGGUAUAGCAGUGAAACCUGUCUGCUGGACGAUGAGAGCUGGGAAAUGUGA